AUGGCGAUCGACCGCAUUGUGCAAAUGAUCUUCCGCGCCGCGGAGCUGGCCUUCGCCGCCAUCGUGACCGGUAUCACCGGCGCGUACCUCCACGCCCACGACAACGCCUCCUCGUGGGACAACGGCCGCUUCAUCUACACCAUCGUGGUGUCCAGCAUCUCGAUGGUCUUCGCACUCGUCUGGUUGCUGCCCUUCUCGGGCAGCUUCGUCCACUGGCCUAUGGACAUCUUCAUCAGCAUCCUCUGGUUUGUCUCCUUUGGUCUGCUCGUCAACCUCAUUGGUGAUGGCUGCGGCCCCGUCUUCGACUGGAGCAACGUCAGCCCCCGCGGCGAUGACUGCGGCCGCCACAAGGCCAACAUCGCCUUCACCUUCCUCUCUGCCAUCGUCUGGCUUGCGUCCGCCCUCAUCGGCCUCUUCUGGGUUCGCCGCCGCACUGCUGUCGCCGACAACCGCCCUGCCGUUCACCGCCGCCGCUGGUACAACUCCCGCGUCUAA